CUCAUUUCUUCAUUGUUCCUUCCAUUAUUUCCUUUCUUGCGUUAUUUUGCCCCAUUGGAGUUUUUCCCUUCAUUUUUCCCUUCCCCUCAUUUUCCCUUCCUUCUUUCCUUUCUUCUCAAGAAUAUUGGAGUUGGCAAUAUCUCCUGGCUUUCUAAGUUUUAAGGUUGCCUGAAUUUCUAUAUCUUAACUAAGCCAUGGCUGAGCGUGUUCUGACCCGUGUCCACAGCCUCCGUGAGAGGCUGGAUGAGACUCUCUCUGCUCACCGCAAUGAAAUUUUGGCCUUUCUUUCCAGAAUUGAGGCCAAAGGAAAAGGUUUUCUUCAACCCCACCAGCUUACUGCUGAGUUUGAAGCCAUCCCUGAAGCCAACAGGCAGAAGCUUUUGGAUGGUGCAUUUGGUGAAGUCCUCAGAUCCACUCAGGAAGCCAUAGUUUUGCCUCCAUGGGUGGCUCUUGCUGUUCGGCCGAGGCCGGGAGUGUGGGAGUACAUUAGAGUCAACGUCCAUGCUCUUGUUAUUGAGGAGUUGCGGGUUGCUGAGUACUUGCACUUCAAGGAAGAACUUGUUGAUGGAAGUCUCAAUGGGAACUUUGUGCUUGAGUUGGACUUUGAGCCAUUCGCUGCCUCUUUCCCUCGCCCGACUCUCUCGAAAUCCAUUGGAAAUGGUGUCGAAUUCCUCAACCGUCACCUUUCUGCUAAGCUCUUCCAUGACAAGGAGAGCAUGCAUCCUCUGCUUGAGUUUCUCCAGGUUCACUGCUACGAAGGAAAGAGUAUGAUGCUGAAUGAUAGAAUUCAGAACCUCAACUCCCUUCAACAUGUUCUGAGGAAGGCUGAGGACUACCUGAUCACUCUUGCACCAGAGACACCAUACUCAGAAUUCGAGCACAAGUUCCAGGAGAUCGGGUUGGAGAGAGGUUGGGGAGACACCGCCGUGCGCGUGCUCGAAAUGAUCCAGCUUCUCUUGGACCUUCUUGAGGCCCCUGAUCCUUGCACUCUUGAGACGUUCCUUGGCAGAAUCCCCAUGGUCUUUAACGUUGUCAUCCUCUCUCCUCAUGGAUACUUUGCCCAAGACAAUGUUUUGGGUUACCCUGACACUGGUGGCCAGGUUGUUUACAUCUUGGAUCAAGUUCGCGCCUUGGAGAACGAGAUGCUUCAUAGGAUUAAGCAACAAGGACUUGACAUCGUCCCUCGCAUCCUCAUUAUCACUAGGCUCCUCCCUGAUGCAGUAGGAACCACAUGUGGCCAGCGUCUUGAGAAGGUGUUCGGCACAGAACACACGCACAUCCUUCGUGUUCCGUUUAGGGAUGAGAAAGGAAUUGUCCGCAAAUGGAUCUCUAGAUUCGAAGUCUGGCCUUACCUAGAGACUUACACUGAGGAUGUUGCACAUGAGCUUGCCAAGGAGUUGCAGGGCAAGCCUGAUCUGAUCAUUGGAAACUACAGUGAUGGAAACAUUGUUGCCUCUCUUUUAGCCCACAAAUUGGGUGUUACUCAGUGUACCAUAGCCCAUGCACUUGAGAAAACAAAAUACCCGGAUUCUGAUAUUUACUGGAAGAAGCUUGAGGAGAAGUACCACUUCUCUUGCCAGUUCACUGCUGAUCUUAUUGCCAUGAACCACACUGAUUUCAUUAUCACCAGUACCUUCCAAGAGAUUGCUGGAAGCAAGGACACUGUUGGACAGUAUGAAAGCCACACUGCUUUCACUCUUCCUGGACUCUACAGAGUUGUCCAUGGUAUCGAUGUCUUCGACCCCAAGUUCAACAUCGUCUCCCCCGGAGCCGACAUGAGCAUCUACUUCCCUUACACCGAGAAGGAGAAGAGGCUGACAUCCUUCCACGCCGAGCUCGAAGAGCUUCUUUUCAGUGACGUCGAGAACGAAGAACACAUAUGCGUGUUGAAGGACCGGAACAAGCCAAUAAUCUUCACCAUGGCAAGGCUGGAUCGUGUGAAGAACAUCUCGGGACUGGUCGAGUGGUACGGCAAGAGCGCGAAGCUGAGGGAGCUGGUCAACCUCGUGGUGGUGGCGGGAGACCGGAGGAAGGAGUCGAAGGACAUUGAGGAGAAGGCGGAGAUGGCGAAGAUGUACGGCUUGAUAGAGACGUACAAGCUGAACGGGCAGUUCAGGUGGAUUUCCUCACAGAUGAACCGGGUGAGGAACGGCGAGCUCUACCGCUACAUUUGCGACACAAGAGGCGCUUUCGUGCAGCCCGCCGUUUAUGAAGCUUUUGGCCUUACAGUCGUUGAGGCCAUGACUUGUGGAUUGCCAACUUUUGCUACUUGCAAUGGUGGUCCUGCUGAGAUCAUCGUCCAUGGGAAAUCAGGAUACCACAUUGAUCCUUAUCAUGGUGAUCGUGCGGCUGAGCUUCUCGUUGACUUUUUUGAGAAGAGCAAGGCUGACCCUUCUCUCUGGGACAAGAUUUCUCAAGCAGGGUUGCAGCGUAUUUAUGACAAGUAUACUUGGCAGAUUUACUCAGAGAGGCUGUUGACCUUGACUGGAGUUUAUGGCUUCUGGAAGCACGUCUCUAACCUUGAUCGCCUUGAGAGCCGUCGUUACAUUGAGAUGUUUUAUGCUCUCAAGUACCGCAAGUUGGCGGAGUCUGUUCCUCUUGCUGUGGACGAGUGAGUGAAGGCUGAAGAG